GCCCUAUAGUUCCUUACAGUGCCAAACAAUGGUCUCCGCCGACGCCGACGCCAACGCCAACGCCGUCACCUGCGACUUUUGCGAUUCGAAGCGUGCGGUGGUUUUCUGCCGCGCAGACUCUGCGCGCCUCUGCCUCGCCUGCGACCGCGAGGUCCACGCCGCUAACACUGUCUCGUUCCGCCACAACCGUUCUCUUCUCUGCGACAGCUGCGCCUUUGCCCCGGCAACUAUCUUCUGCCCUACCCCUCCCCACCGCCUCGUCCUCUGCUCUAGCUGCGAUUUCAACGCCCACCAAGCUGACGACCACCGCCACGACCGACGCGCCAUCGAUCCCUUCACUGGAUGCCCCGCCGGCGCAGUCCUUGCUGCCGCCCUUGGCCUUGGAGACGACAAGGGUUCACUCCCCGACAAGGUCGAAGAGGACUGGGACUUGGCUUGGGAGGUGCCGCAGGUGUUUAGCUGGGAUGAUCUGAUUUCACAGCCUACAACAACUCCUUUCCAUGGGUUUCAGGCUAUAGGGAUCCCUCCGCCUCCAAAGGAUAAAACUUCAUCUUGUGGGAAACGUGAGGACGAGAUACACCGCCAGAUUCGUAAACUAAUCAUAAGUGAAACUGAUGGUGUUGAUUACAGCGAGGAGAAUGUGCCAGUUAUGGAAUGCAAAUCUUUGCAGCUGGAGAAUCUCCAACUAGGAAAGUUAGAUAAUGAGUACGGUUAUGCUCCGAUAUUUGUAGAAAUACCCAGCUGUGAGAUGGCUGUUAGCGACCCAGUAGAAGUGUCACAGGAAAGGCAGAUUGGAAGCUCUUCUUUGGCUAGUGAAACAUUUGUUGAUAGCACCAUGGAAGCUGCAUCAUAUCCAAGCCUUCCUAAAGAUGAAGUGCAUGACCGCAGCUCUGUUAUUUUAAGGUACAAGGAGAAGAGGAAGACAAGAAGAUAUGAGAAGCUUAUACGAUAUGAAUCGAGGAAGGCGCGGGCCGACAGCAGGGUGAGGAUUAAGGGUCGGUUUGCCAAGGCUAACCAGGCCCAAUAUCCUUGAUACAUUCAAACAAAUGCAAUAAAUACAUCAGACUAGACCUUGGGGUCUACGGCAGUCCGGCGUUUUUGAAGUCUUGGUUUCUAGUUAAAUAUGAAAAUAGUUUUCCGGUUCUUGCUUGCUAAUAAUGUAUAUAUUGCUGUAUGUGUUGGACAAUUACUGGUGAAGAAUUGUAUCAUUUCAUUUCUAAAAUGUUGUUGUUGACUAAAUUUAAACAGAAUUCUACUCUGUGGCUUUUGCAUUUUGUCUA